CUGUUAUUUGUGUGUCAUCCUCAGGAGGAGUAUUAUGGGAAGGAGCUGAUCAUGGCCGACAGAGACUUGGUUGAACAGGGGGCUGAUGAGAUCCUGAAGGAUGCAGAUGUGACUGAUGUGGCGUUCCUGGUGGUGGGCGACCCAUUCGGAGCCACCACCCACAGUGACAUGGUCCUCAGAGCAGUGCAUGCUGGGAUACCGUACAAAGUCAUCCACAACGCCUCCAUCAUGAACGCUGUGGGCUGCUGUGGGCUGCAGCUGUAUAACUUCGGGGAGACGGUGUCGUUAGUGUUUUGGACGGAGACGUGGAGACCUGAGAGCUUCUACGACAAAAUCUGUAAGAACAGAAAAGCUGGACUGCACACGCUCUGUCUGCUGGGUGAGACACACACACACACACACACACACACACACACAAGAUACGUUUACUUCACAGCACGCAGGGCGUUCAAUGACCAAAAUGAAUGCUCACCUGUUAAAUUGAACCUUUUUUUUUAUGGUGCACUGGUUGGAUUAAAUCAAACUGGUUAAUUUAAGGUGGACUGGGAGAUUUGUUCUCUGAAGCUCACAGAAUCAGAUCUUGAAUGCAGCAGCUGGAUGAUGCGUUCAGGGUCGAGCAGGUUUGAGCGCCACCAGGUGUCUGGUCAUCCAGAGCAGACCACCAUCAAUCAACACGCAGACAGAGACAGACAGAGAGAUGGACAGAGGCAGACCGAGACAGACA